AUGGACAAGCAAGGCGUCGAACGAACGGAGUUUGUCGAGAAACGAGACCUUCACGGAUACGACGAUUCCGAAGGCUAUCUCGCUGAGGUCAACACUCAUGAAGCACAAACUCAACCCAUCAAGACCACAAAAGAUGGUCAUGUUGUGCUCAUUCCUCAACCUUCUGACUCGCCUCAAGACACUCUGAACUGGAGCAAGGUCAAGAAGCACGUCGUAUUGUUGGUAGUAAGCUUUGCUGCACUACUACCAGACUAUGGCAGUGCUACAGGUGCUGUUACUUUGAUCCCUCAAGCAGCCGAAUGGAAUAUGAGCCCAGAUACUGUAAAUCAUUCACAGGUUGGCAAUGUCUUCAUGCUUGGUGCUGGCGGCGUCUUUGUCGUCGCUCUAUCCGCCUGGGCAGGCAGACUUCCCGUGCUGUUCUACUUCCUCGUCCUUGCUACUGCCACCGCAGCAUGGUGUGCAGCUGCAACUACCUUUGAGAGCUUCAUGGCCGCCCGUAUCCUGAACGGCUUCUUCAGUACCGUCGCUCAAGGUGGCGGUCUUAUGUUCAUCUUUGACAUGUUCUUCUUUCACGAGAGAGCGCGAAAGAUCAAUAUCUGGGCCGCAUUCAUCAUCUUAUCACCAUAUAUGGGUCCUAUGCUCACAGCCUUUAUCAUCACGACACAGAAAUGGCCUAUCGCUUUCUGGGUCUACUUUGUCAUGGGUACUCGCCUCCAACAGAUCUUGGGCAUCUCCCAGUAUCGCUCGCGUCAUCUCCGCAACUCGUUCGGUCAAGCCUGCUCCCGACCAUUCCGUGUCAUCAUCAAACCCACCGUUUUCCUAUCGAAUGUAUACUACACACUAACCUUCGCCUGGGUCGUCGGCAUCAACACAACCCUCUCGAUCUUCUUGACACCACUCUACAAGUUUGGACCCUUGCAGAUCGGGUAUUUCUACUUUACACCCGUCGUCGCAGCUCUGAUCGGAGAAGUUGCAGGUCAUUGGUUCCAUGACUGGAUAGCAAAGAGUUACAUCCACUCACACAACGGCCAUUUCGAACCCGAAGUCAGGCUUCGCGCCAUCUGGCUCAGCACACCUUUUAUGGUUGCGGGACUUAUCGGCCUUGGAUUCUCCCUCGAGAACGGUUACCAUUACAUGGUGACUGCAGUGUUUUGGGGUCUCUAUGUGUUUGGUAUCAUGAUUACCACUGUCGCACUCAAUGCAUACAAUCUUGACAGCUACCCCGAAGCAUCUGGAGAAGUGGCCGCAUGGCUCAAUUUUGCAAGAACUCUUGGUGGCUUUAUCGUCAGUUACUUCCAGGUUACCUGGGCUGAUGCUGUCGGAGCAAAAGCAAGUUUCGGUACCCAGGCUGCUAUAGUCUUCGUUGCAACUGGCCUCAUCGUUACACUGCAGUUCAUUGGCAAACGUUUGAGGAUGAAGUCUGGAGCACUACAUUUUCCCACCUCUUGA